ACUGUACUUGUUAAAAUUUUAUUUGUUUAUUUAUUUCUGGCAGCCGUGUGGGUUUUCUUGGAACAGUUUUAAAUAACUUUUCUUGUUGAAAAAAAAUAAAAAAAAGAUUAAUUAAUAAAGUACUAAUUUCUUUGCUUAUUUACAUAAAAUUUUCAUUAUGGGUGUCACAGGUGAUGCGGCUGCUAAUGAAACUGAGGCCAAAACAACACUGUCUAAGAAAGCUUUAAAGAAAUUGGCUAAAGAUGAAGAGAAAGCCUCGAAAAAGAAAGCAAGGCAAGCUGAUACUGAAUCAAAACAAGAGGAAGAAAAUGAUUAUUCUAAAGAUUUGUAUGGUAAACUGCCCAUGAUCCAGUCUAAGGAAAAACUCCAGCGGAAACUCUUUUCCAUUAAUUCAUUAGAUAAAGAUUUUGGAGAGGAGCUGAUAUGGGUCAGAGGUCGUUUGCACACUAGCCGUGUUAAAGGAAAACAAUGUUUUUUUGUUCUUCGCCAAACACAGCAUACCAUCCAGUGCCUUCUUUCUGUUUCGGAAAAAACUAGCAAACAGAUGGUGAAAUUUGUUGGAGGUGUAACAAAAGAAUCAAUAAUUGAUGUUGAAGGUUACAUCAAAGCAUCUCCUAUAAAAAUUGAGAGUUGUUCUCAACAGAAUGUUGAAAUGCAUGUUUCAAAAGUAUUUGUUGUUAGUGCUUCCGAAGCUAGAUUACCACUGCAAAUUGAAGAUGCAUCUCGACCUGAAAUUGAAAAUGAUCCUGAUGGUUUAAACAUUCAUGUUAAUCAAGAUACCAGAUUAGAUAAUAGAGUUUUAGAUUUAAGAACUGCUGCCAACAAUGCAAUUUACACUGUUGAGGGUGGAAUAUGUGAAUUAUUUAGGUCAUUCUUACAUGGAAAAGGAUUCAAAGAAAUUCAUACUCCAAAAAUAAUAUCGGCUGCAUCUGAAGGUGGGGCUAAUGUGUUUGAAGUGAAGUAUUGUGAAGGCUUAGCAUAUUUAGCUCAAUCUCCCCAGCUUUAUAAACAGAUGGCCAUAACUGCUGAUUUUGACAGAGUGUAUACAAUCGGAUCAGUUUUCCGAGCUGAGAAUUCAAACACCCAUCGACAUCUGUGUGAGUUUAUUGGACUGGAUUUGGAAAUGGCAUUCAACUAUCAUUACCAUGAAGUGGUUGAUCUCAUUGGAGAAAUGUUUGUUGAAAUAUUCAAAGGACUACGAGACAGAUUUUCUAAAGAAAUUGAAACUAUUCAUAAACAAUUUCCUGCUGAACCUUUUAAGUUUCUGGAGCCAAGUUUAAGAUUGGACUAUUCCCAAGGAUUAGCCCUGCUGAGAGAAGCUGGUGUUGAAAUUGGUGAUGAAGAUGAUCUUAGUACACCUGAUGAAAAGUUACUUGGAAAAAUUGUCAAGGCAAAGUAUGACACAGACUUUUAUAUUUUGGAUAAAUUUCCUCUUGCAAUUCGUCCUUUCUACACUAUGCCUGAUGCAGUCAAUCCUAAACUAUCUAAUUCAUAUGAUAUGUUUAUGAGAGGUGAAGAGAUUAUAUCUGGUGCUCAACGUAUUCAUGACCCUGAUUUUCUCUCAGAAAGAGCUGCUUCACUAGGAGUUGAUUUAGAGAAAAUUAAAAGCUAUAUUGAUUCAUUCCGAUAUGGAGCACCACCUCAUGCGGGCGGAGGUAUUGGUUUGGAACGUGUGUGUAUGCUUUAUCUGGGGCUAAAUAAUAUUAGGAAGACAUCUAUGUUCCCAAGAGACCCAAAACGCCUCACACCUUAACUAAAUAAAUAGUGCAAUUAUUUAAUGUUUUAAAUAAAUUUUAUUGCCUUAAA